GUGGUCACUUUUCUUCAUACAGUUCUCUUAUGUGACAAAUUGAACUUUACUACAGCUUUAGUGGUUUGCCCCCUUAAUACUGCCCUCAACUGGAUAAAUGAAUUUAAGAAAUGGCAAGAGGGAUUAGAAGAUGACAAAAAACUUAAGGUAUCUGAAUUAGCAACCAUGAAAAGCCCUCAAGAUCGAAGUAUUUUACUACAAAAAUGGCAAGACAGUGGUGGUGUCAUGGUCAUCGGCUACGAAAUGUACCGAAAUCUUGUACAAGGACGGAAUGUGAAGAGUAAAAAAUUAAAAACAGUAUUUAAUAAAACUCUUGUUGAUCCAGGCCCGGAUUUUGUUGUGUGUGAUGAAGGUCAUAUACUAAAAAAUGAAGCUUCAGCUGUAUCCAAAGCUAUGAAUUUGAUUCGUUCAAAAAGACGAAUUAUUUUAACAGGAACACCUCUACAAAAUAAUCUAAUUGAAUAUCACUGUAUGGUUAAUUUUGUCAAAGAGAAUCUACUUGGUUCUAUUACGGAUUUUAGGAAUCGAUUCAUAAAUCCAAUUCAAAAUGGCCAGUGUGCAGAUUCCACCACGACAAAUGUUCAAGUAAUGAAAAAGCGUGCCCAUAUUCUCUAUGAAAUGUUAGCUGGCUGUGUUCAGAGGAAAGAUUGCACAACAUUAGCAGAGUUUUUACCACCCAAACAUGAGUAUGUAUUAGCAGUAAGAAUGACUUCUAUUCAGUGCAAGCUUUACCAGUACUAUUUGGAUCACUUCACAG